AUGGGAUUCCUCAAGAGCGAGGCUAUUGACUGUCCUGGUGGAUGCUCUACGCCCAGUUCACGUGCGUUCCUUGGGGAGUGCCCACCAGAGCCGUACCCAGGGACAGAUGUUGAUUGUUGCGCCUGUUGCGUAGCCAAGUACGGGAGUCCUCCAGUCUGUUGGGCGGCUGUUGAGGGAACCGACAAGCACUGCCAUUGCUACCAAAAGGCCUGA